AUGCCUGUCCGGAGAGGUCACGUGGCGCCGCAAAACACGUUUUUAGGGGUGAUUAUCCGGAAAUUCGAAGGACAGAAUAAGAAGUUCAUCAUAGCCAACGCCCGCGUGCAGAACUGUGCGAUCAUCUACUGCAACGAUGGCUUCUGCGAGAUGACGGGCUUCUCCAGGCCAGACGUCAUGCAGAAGCCGUGCACGUGCGACUUCCUGCAUGGCCAGUUCACCAGCCGGCACGCGGUGGCCCAGGUGGCCCAGGCGUUGCUGGGCUCCGAGGAGCGCAAGGUGCAGAUCACCUACCACCGCAAGGAUGGUUCAAAGUUCCCUUGCACCACCCAUAUCAUCCCUGUGAAGAAUGAGGAGGGCGUGGUCAUGAUGUUCAUCCUGAACUUCGAUCACAUUCAGGAAGACGGCAGCAACGAGUCGCUGGAGAGGCUCAACCACACGUCCCCCAACAAAGCUGACCAACGGAGAUUCUUUCGCUUCCGUUUCCCGGCCUUACCUCUCCUAGGUAUUAGCAAGCAGUCCCUUCCCCAAGAGGACCCUGACGCCGUCAUGGUGGACUCCCCUCGCCACAGCGAUGGCUCAGUGGCAACGCACAACUACCAACUUCCCACCACCCGUGAGAGCUGCAGUCCCUCCUAUGCGAACGACACCCGGGCUUUAAUUGGCCCCAGCCACUGUUCGACCCCGGUGUCUGGGCCUUUGAACCACUCAUCGCCCAAAGGCCCCUGGGAUCGGGUAUUUCCGGAGCAGACCCAACACCAGAGCCAAGAGGACACGCUCACUGCAGCUCCGUCAAUCCCAGGCCUCACCCCAACCGCCUCCAGAGAGACUGUGUGCAGUAUACGCAGAGCCUCCUCCGUACAUGAUAUGGAAGGCUUUGGGACCAAGUCCAAGAUGGCCUUUAGGGACCGACACGCCAGUGAAGGGCCUCUCAGCCACAUCAAAUCCAGCCUACUCGGCUCCACCUCCGACUCGAACCUCAACAAGUAUAGCACCAUUAACAAGAUUCCCCUCAUCACGCUCAACUUCUCUGAAAGCAACAACGAGAAGAAGUGCCCCUCCUCUCCAUCCUCAGAGAAAACCAUCAUCGCCCCCAAAGUUAAAGACCGAACACAUAACGUCACCGACAAGGUUACACAGGUUCUCUCUCUGGGUGCGGAUGUCCUUCCUGAAUACAAGCUGCAGACGCCACGUAUAGACAAGUGGACCAUCCUCCAUUACAGCCCCUUUAAAGCCGUGUGGGACUGGCUCAUCCUGCUGCUCGUCAUCUACACGGCCAUUUUCACGCCCUACUCUGCUGCCUUCCUGCUCAACGACAUCGAGGAGCGACACCGGCGGGAGUGCGGAUACUCCUGCUCCCCGCUGAACGUGGUGGACCUGAUCGUGGACAUCAUGUUCAUUGUGGACAUCCUCAUAAACUUCAGGACCACUUACGUCAACGCCAACGAGGAAGUGGUCAGCCAUCCGGCCAAGAUUGCCAUCCAUUACUUUAAAGGCUGGUUCCUCAUAGACAUGGUGGCGGCCAUCCCGUUCGACCUGCUCAUCUUUGGCUCAGGAUCUGAAGAGACCACCACUCUGAUCGGUCUACUGAAGACAGCCCGCUUGCUACGGCUGGUUCGAGUUGCUCGUAAGCUGGACCGCUAUUCUGAGUACGGUGCGGCCGUUCUCAUGCUGCUCAUGUGUAUCUUUGCGCUGAUCGCCCAUUGGUUAGCUUGCAUCUGGUAUGCAAUCGGUAAUGUGGAGAAGCCUUAUCUGGAGCAUAAGAUUGGCUGGCUGGACAAUCUUGGGGUGUCAAUAGGAAAAAAAUACAACUAUAGUGACCCCACCUCAGGCCCCUCCAUCAAAGAUAAGUAUGUGACAGCGCUCUACUUCACCUUCAGUAGUCUGACCAGUGUGGGAUUUGGGAACGUCUCCCCGAACACCAACUCUGAGAAGAUUUUUUCUAUCUGUGUCAUGCUCAUUGGAUCUCUAAUGUACGCCAGCAUCUUUGGGAAUGUGUCCGCCAUCAUCCAGAGGUUGUAUUCAGGUACGGCCAGGUAUCACCUCCAAAUGCUACGGGUCAAAGAGUUCAUCCGCUUUCACCAGAUUCCCAACCCACUGAGGCAGAGGCUGGAGGAGUACUUCCAACACGCCUGGACGUACACCAAUGGCAUCGACAUGAAUAUGGUAUGA